AGACACUGAUUUUGAAUUCUCGAGAGCAAACAAGAUAUUUGGACUAAGACAUAGUAGGCAGAAGAACAGAACGUGUGGUAACGCCUUCUUCCGUGAACUUCACCCCAAUUUCUCUCUCCUCUUCCUUCUCUUAAAUUUCUUCUUACUCCAAUGUCGCAAUUUCCCCACAUAAUUCAUCUCUUAUUAUAAAUUAACUUCAUCAUUCACCCUCUUUAUGUCAUCAAUUUGAAUUACAUUAAUGGCACAAUUUUUUCUACAAGGACGCAUGAAACUGUUAUUUAACAGCGAAGAAGCUUUACUGAGCAAAAACCCAGUUCAAUGUAAGCUUAUUAAAGGAUAUAGAAGUAAUGGGUUGUUUGGAUUUGGGGAUUUUUGCUCGAUUUAUCCAAUUAAUCUUAAAGAUAAAGAUGUUAGAAGAAAUGGGUACUUGAAAAAAGUGACCUUUAUUGCUUCUGCAAAGGUUAAUUCCAAGAAUUCUGUGAAUGGAAACGUUAAUGGAGGUUUUGGUGAUGAAAGUAGUGAUGAUUUUGACGAUUUUGAUGGUGAUGAUGAUGAUCUCUCUUUUUUCAGGGGUCUAGUUCUUGACGUUUCUUAUAGACCGGUCAAUGUUGUCUGCUGGAAGCGUGCUAUUUGUCUGGAGUUCAUGGAGAAGGCUGAUGUUCUGGAAUACUACGAUCAGACAGUGAACUCACCUAAUGGAUCUUUUAACAUACCAGCUGUACUUAGGGUUCCUCAUUUACUUCAGGUUAUGAAGAGAAAAAGAGUCAUGAACUCCCUAAGUCGAAAAAAUAUCUUAUAUCGAGAUGAUUACAUGUGUCAGUACUGUAAAGCGACAAAUGAACUGACUAUAGACCACGUCAUUCCAAUUUCACGAGGUGGAAAGUGGGAAUGGGAAAAUCUGGUGACAGCUUGUACCAAAUGUAACUCAAAGAAGGGUCACAAAACUUUGGAGGAAGCAAACAUGAGACUUUUGAAAAUCCCAAAGGCACCUAAAGCUUACGACAUACUUGCUAUACCCCUGACUAGUGCAGCCAUAAGGAUGCUGAAAAUCAGAAAAGGAACACCUCCAGAGUGGCAUGAAUACCUGCCGAAGUGAAAGUUACGAUAGUGUCCAGAACACAGUAGAAUGUUUGUAUAUAAUUGUCAGUGUUUUUAUGAUAUCCUAGUUACUUAAAGUCACAGGGUAUAUUUGUUGUUGUAUCUGAAGCCAUGGGAAGAGACAGGUAACUCUGUAAAUUGUGGAUUUAGGAAAUGUCUCUUCGGUUUCAUCACAAACUCGACUAAUUAUUCACAUAACUCUAAUAUAAGCAAGGAACUGCUCUUUUAUUUUGUUUA